UUCAAACUAAUUCAAACGUUCCGCGACUGUUCACGCGAACGGACGUCCCCUCGGUCAGAGCAGCAAGAAGCAAAUCGCGUAUCUUCCCUUUUCCCCACCCUUGGUCCGUGCCAGCAGGAACCAAGAUCUCGCAAGCGUUUCGUAAUCCGUCUUUCGGGUUUCGGUGUGCCCUCGGUCCGUUUCGUUUGUUUGUUUGUUCCGUGGCUUCCGUGGUUUCCGUUUUGCGCAAACAGUGCUGUGAGUAGCGCGAGCGAUCAACGCCGAUCAUCCAUCCUACCAAGAUGCUGGAGAAGGAACCGGACUCGAUGGCCGUGACGAUGAAGCAGGAUUAUGCUGCGAGUGAAGUGUACAGCACCACCAGUGAAGCCCCACCCGCCUACAAAAUGCGCCAAGCCAACUCGGUGAAGAUCGCCAAGAUCAUCGCGAUCACCGUGGUGCUGUCGUCCUUCAUACUGGGAUCGUUCAUCCUGGCCUCGUCGUACCUGCAGGCGAAGCAGUCCUGCGACCAAAUGCAGGCCCUCGAUGCCGUCCUCAACAAGGAGUUGAUGCUGGAAGCGAUGCAGCAGGAGAUGCCAAAGGCUCAGGCACUGAUGCAGGACAACCUGUCGGCCGAUGAGAGCAACCUCCAGACCAUCGAUCGGGAGGAGAGCAAGAAGCACAAGCAGGAAGCGGAGGCCCACAAACAUCACAAGGAAGAUUCGGACGAGUCGGGCGACUCGGAGGAUGAGGACGAUUCGUCGAACGAUGGCGAAAGCGAUGAGUUGAUCGACAUGAACAACCGUCACCGUGUCAACCUGCCGCUCGAUCUGCAUCUGACCGAUCUGGCGAGUGCUAUCCUUCGGGAAAACCAGAAGUCCCGCAUGAACUGCAUCGUGGAGCGACGCCGUUCUGAGGAGUUGGUCGAUUCGCCGCCGAAGAUGGUGCGCCUGCCGUUCGGCAUGGAUCUGACCACGGACCCGAAGCAGCAGAAGGUUACCGGUGAGCGCAUUGCCAUCUUCUGCGAGUCGGGCAAUGAGCUGAAGAACGAGGAUGCCGAGCCUGUCCGCCAGAUUCUGAUCCCGAUCCCGCCGGUUCGUACCUUCGGCCCGCUCACCCACCUGCCCCAGCAGAUGGGUCCACCCGCCCAAACCAUCAUUCGCCAGAUGCCACGACCAAUCUUCCCGAUGCCCCUGAUGAACCCCCACCAACAACAGCAGCAGCAGCAACAGUCUCAGCAGCAGCUGCCCCCGAUCCCGGCCUCGAUCAUGCAGGCCCCGCGCCCGGACGGACCGAUGGGUCGCCCGAACUUCCACCCCUUCCUCCAGCAGCUGCCCCAGAUCAUGGCCGCCCAGAUGCACCAGCAGCAGUCGGCACCGCAGCCCCAGCCCGCCGCCAUGCCACCGCACACCGAGGUCCGCAUCCAUCUGCAGCGCGUUCCGAUCCCGGAGUUCAUGCGCCCCUUCCUGCCGCCCCAGAUCGUCCGCAGCCAGCCGGAACCGGAACAGCAGCAGCAGCAGCAGCCAGCUCCCCAGCAGCAACAGCAGCAGAUGCCCCAGCAGCAGGAGGUCCAGAUCCGUGAGAUGCCGAUCGACAUGGCGAUGCACAAGUUCCCGGUGCCCUCGUCGGAGGAGAUGAACGUGGCCGACUUUGCCGCCCAGAAGUUUACCGAGCAGCUGCGCUCGCUCAUCGCCCGCAUUGCCGAGUCGGAGGAAAGCGAGGAGGAGACCGAUUCCUACCGCAACGUGCCGGACCAGGAGGGCCCAUCGCCACACUCGGACGAGCGCGAGCUGCAGGAGCAGCAGCCGCCGCGCCCAACCGAGCCGGAAAUGGCACACCAGGCACAGGAGGAGCAGGAGCAUCAGGUCCAGCACCAGUCGGAACAGCAAGUGGCGCAACAGCAGCAGCCCGUGCCGCAGCCGAUGCUGCCGAUGGGACGAAUCCACUACGGUCGCAGUCUACUGACCCCGAUCAGCCUGCCCGGCAAGGUGGUGGAGACGUCCGCCUCCGAGGAGGAUGCUGUCCGUCCGCACUAUGUCCAGCCACGAUCGGUUUAAAUCGAUAGUAACGAUAGGAGAGGGCUUACCCAAUAUCCAAAAAACAGAAAAACGGUAGCAGCACUCCUUUUCUCCCCACAACACCCUAUGGGCUUGUUAUUUUUUCUCCUUUUCUCCCGUUUUGUGUGUGUGCUACCCCAAACACAACCACACGCCGACACAAAUUGUGAUGUGAUUUUAAAAAAAUGCAGAAUUACCACGCCACGGACACAUAUCCUAGCUACUACCACAUCCACAUCCUACUGGACAGCAAACCCCAUCAGCGAUAAAUCAGCGAAUCUCAACGUGGUGUGUGGUUGCCCGCACGCAAAAAAAAAAAAAAAACAUCACCCUUUAAAGACAAGGGAA